AUGAAAAUUUUCAUGGAAAAUGGCGGGAAAUUUAUCAGCAGUUUCUCUUCCGAGUUCCUCAAGGGCUACCUGGACAUUGUUCGCAGACAAUUUGGUGGCAAACGUGUCCAUGCCAAUGUCGUCUACCAGGAGUACAUCAAGGACAAACAACACAUACACAUGAACGCCACUCGUUGGCACUCGCUGACAGGACUGUGUCUGUGGUUGGGUAAACAGGGCAUUUGUCGUGUUGACGAGACUGAAAAGGGUUGGUACAUUGAGUACAUUGAUCGGGACCCCGAGAAGGAGCAACGGAAGGCGAGUGAAGCCAGAUUAGAGAAGACGGAGGACGACAUCAAUAGACAAUUCUUACGUAGGUGUGCUUCGCUUUAUAUAGUGUCCACUGCUUACAGAAAAACAGAUCGAAAGCAUGAAGGAAAAGAAGGAGAAUAGAGAGCACUCGGAGGAGCGGAGAGUUGUGCAGCCUCUCAAACGCAGCGAAGAUGAGGACCACAAGAUCCGGCUGGAUCUAUGUCUGGCACCUAAGAGGGCCAAGAAAGAGGAACAGCCCGCAGAGGCGGCUGCCAGUAGCAGUUCGUCCGACAGUGCCUCGGUCUCUUCACAUGCCACUGAAAAGAGCCCACCUCCAGUCUCUUCCGCGAAACCACCUAUCCCUAAGCCUCAGGUACGUUCCAUUGCUGACUUGUUUCACUUGGCUGUAGCCACUUUUAGACCCUGACACUUACGAAGGAUGUUAUGCAGCCCCUACGUAGCCCUUGCGACUACGCAAUACCUCUUGCUUGGUAAUACACAACUUGUUUUAGACGCAUGCGACUCCGCGAGAAGAAACCCUUCAUUUCCCUCUUUAUAAGUAGGGGCCCUUCUCCGAACUUUCGAUUGGUUAUAUUAUUUUGGAUUUUAAUUCAGACGCGUAGAGUCAUGGACUUUCUUCGACGAAAACAACGGAUGCUGGGAUGACAAUUUAUGGCUUGUUUGUCGUCAUAGACGACCCCAGUCCAAGAUUGUCUGAGUUUUAGUGAGACUCGCUUAGUCAUUGACACUAGAGGCCGUGAACGAGAGUUUUAAAAGAAAAUGUUGCGGUGGUGUCUAUCAGUCUGACUCGGUUUCAGGAACGGGCACAUGCGCCCCGCCUCGCCUUUUGGUUCGUGGUUCAACUCGCAGGGCGUUGUGGUCAAUGAUGGGCUGCACUCGAGUCAAAAUCUGCUGCUCUGGUGUGGGUAAGACUGGUUGAGAACUGUAAGUCGGCAGUUGACUCUGCAGUCUUGUGAUCUCGAUUAGUCUGCUUCGAGCGCUAGUUACUCUGCGAUCUUCGAACGUCCUGAAGUCCCUGGACUUGAGUCCCAAGACCAAACAGGACGCGCGUAUUUUUUUCUUACACUUAACCAUGUCUUGUAAAUGCUGCUCCAGAGCGAGGGACUGGUUUGUUCAGUGCUCACCAUCUUCGCGCUUGUAAAUCUCCACUGGUUGAGUCUUGAAGAGCUUUCCGUAGAAAUUCAGGUUUUUUUAAAUGUCUACCUUACCCCAUCCAGAAUCCGCUACUUCUCGCGGAGAAAAAGGCAAAAAUGAAGGCGGAGGCACAACAACAUGACAGUCACUCUUCCGCCCAACGAUCCUCUGCUGCUGCUUCCUCCACCUCCACGAAGGCGCCUGCCGGGCCUGCUCGGAGGAAUGUGCUGGACGAGAUCCUUGCCGAAGAAGAGCGCGCAAAGGAGCGCAUGAACAGGAAGGCCUACUGGCUGACCACCGGUAUCGUCGUUAAGUUGAUUAACCGAAAGCUCCCUCAGGAACUUCUCUAUCGUAGGGCGGUCGUGCUGGACAUGGAGGACAACUACACGGUGGGUGUUGCAAUUUUACAUGCUGUUUUCGCGCAAGUUGUCCCCCCUCCUGCUAAUUGGGAUCGCACGAUACGCAUUCCACGCAUCGUUUCCGGAAGCACCCCACACCCCUGUCUAGAUUUUAGUUGCGGAAUGUGGGUGGACUCCAGGCCGAGCCUAAAAGCACCUGCGUCUCAAACACCACUGCCAGUUCGUACAGUGAUUUCAGGCAAAAUUAUGGACUCCAAUUUGAUAGUUGAUGCACUACUAGAUCCCACGCGGAAGACAUCCAGCUGAAUCACGCAGGGAAUUAAUAAAACACCGGUUUAGUCUUUGAAUUCUUCUGUUGAGAAUACAAUGAAAUGACCCUAACCUAUUUAACGUUCCUAAGGCGGCCAUGCGUUGUAAAGAGUUCAUUUAAGUUUAUUCGGGUGAACUUCUUCGCUUGAAACUAAAGCAAAGAUAUUUAUUUAACUGUUUAAACGGCGGAACCUGCGGGAACUUGCCAUGUUUGAAGUGUAGUGUAACUGCCCCCCUAUAAUUUACGGUGGAAUUGCUGCUAUUUAUUUUCACUGGCUAAUUCAGAUUGCUGUGUGAGAACAUUUUGCAGAGCUGCCACUAGAGAUGUGCAAGGUAGUUUAGGAUACAUAAAUUAUCAAUGGACGCGAAAAUAGCAUCCUCAUAGACUCUUCGUUGAGAUACUGCUGACGAAAUUCCUCAUUGUCAUCUACGUAAACGUUUACUUUUUAAAUCGAAGUUGGGAUCGCACCUCGCAUGACACACUGCCGGGUCCUAGUCAUAUGUUAAAGGAAAAUUGCCGCAUUCGGCCCCAUCAAAAAACCAUGUUGAGAUUAUGUUGGAUGCCUUUUUGAGCGUCAAAUCAGUCUCAAUUAACUAACCCUUUAAACAGUUAUUAAUAACACGGCUUGCUUAGCUCAUUUUGGGCAUUCGAUUGCAUAUAACGACUAUGACACAUGCCGCAAUUGGAUCUGAGCUUUAUUUCGGUUGAACAUAACUGAUUUGGAAAUUCGGAUUGUUUAGGGUUGUUAUACACUUUUUGUUGCCUAUUUUAUACGACCGUACAUCUUAUUUAUCUAUGUAUGUUCAGUCCCCUACAUUUACCCGCUCCUAUUCUGUAUAAUCACGACUUUCGCAGACAUUAUCCAUUGGUUUAUGGUCUUCAUCGAUUUUACAGUCUGUUUUCGCGUAUUAUUGAACCAGCCGUCUGUCAGUAAUUUGGUAGAGGGGCGCCUGCCGACCGUUUUUAUGGAGCUCACUUGUCCCGUUCUGCCUUGGGGCUCUCUCUCUCGAACCCAAUCAGCAGCCGCGAAGUGGUGUACGAUAUAGACAGAAUAUAAUUACCCACAAAGACAAGGGAGACUGGAAUGGCCAUUUCAGGCUUGUUAGGCGUCGUCAGCCAGUCAUGCCCAACUCAGAAACGUGGAAUACCCGCCACCUGCUGGCUAGAAGUCCAACGCCUCUUUGUCUCUAAUGCUAUUCUGUCAAUAAUUUUGUAGGAACUUCGUUUUGUUGCCACGCGACUUUCCGAUACUUUUUAUUUGGAGGUUUUUUGGGAAUUUUAUUCGUCCCACCCGAAAACCGUCCUAUCUCAACCGGCACCAUAAGAUUAGGAUCGGUGGCUCCGACUUUUUUUAGGGGGGAGGUAGUUAUACUGCAUUAUACCUCCGUUUGCCACACGAACACGGUUCCUCCAUACGAAUCCACCUAAUGAUAGCCGCCGCCGUCAAAGCUGGACAAGAACUCUUCAUCUUAUUUCGAUUGACAGGUUAGGUUCUUACGUCACCUAAUGUUGUUGUGUCAGGGCAGACCUACCGAUAUAAGCAAAUUUGUGAGUUCCAGUAAGCAGUUGGGAAGGAAAUGCGGCCACUGAAGCAAAACUCUUAUCCCUCUGUUCCGGACUCUCACUCAAACCCAUGCACGGCAAUUGCACUUCCCAUCUGUUGCUGUCUCUAGUGACGAGUUCGAGUGAGAAUCGAAUAAAACCAUCGUCCUAGUGAGAGCAAGGUUAGUUAGGCCGGUAAAUCUAUUAUAUAAGCAUUCGGCUUAGGAGCAAUCGUGCUCCUCACUUUACUGCGAGAACAAUGGUUCCUUUGGGCCGUCUUCUAUACGGGCCUGCUUCAUUUCUUCUGUGGAUUCUGUUUUCCCUGUUUGAUUCACACUCCCUCAGUCGUUAGAUUACUGUUUCCUCUUGCCGUGCCAUUGCCGGAGUCGCCACGACUUACAUUUUGGAAAAUGAGUCCCUAAUAGUACAACUCCCACGCAUUUCGCGAAUGUCCGUUUAAAACGUUUUGAGUGUCGUUUUUUUAUUACUCACAAAAUAACCCACUGCGUUUUGCUCAAAGGCCGUGGUACGUGUCGUUAACGGAACGACCAAACUUAAGGUGGACCAGGAACACGUCCAGACUGUUAUCCCACCACUCGGCGACUACGUCCUCGUUGUCAAUGGUGCCUAUCGUAAUGAAGUGGCCAUUGUAAAAGCCAUCGACAAGGAUCGGAACGUCGUCGACAUAUGCAUAGACUCGGUGAGUUUGUCUGGUUGUAAUUUUGGUUUCCGGCAAAGUUUUUGUUGCGCCAUCCUGACCUGCCAAGGUCGCAGUGACUCAGCCCGCCGUGAUAUUACUAAAGAUGCACGACACUGAUAGAGAGUGGCGAAGACUCGGAUGACAUGAGUGUUUCGCGGCCGCUAAAUCAAGCACAGCAUUAGCAAACAGAGGCGCAAGCUUUGAAAGAUUGUAAUGUUGAAUUCCCUCAAGUUUAAAAAGCGUGGUGGCAGUUUUCCGCGAAGUAGGUAUAAACGAAAGCCCUAUGCGUUCCUCAUAGUAACUACAACCUUGCAGGCAAAACUCCACGCGGUGAUGUCUUCCGUGGGACUUUCGGACGGUAUUGGGCAUUUUUCCAAAAGAGCGCGACCGCUGCUGGUGCAUACUGUUUGUGCUGCGCUCCUUUAGGAACCACUAUUCUCGAGACUUCCUCUAUGACUGGCGCACCACAAAUGCGACUGAAUACUUGCAGCUAGCCUCAGAACACCAGUUAACCGGCCUGGUUAUGCUAACAAUAAAAUCCCUCGGUAGGGGGCGCUCCCCGAUCGUUCAUACGGAACUCACUCGUUCCGUUGUGCCUUAAGGACUCUCUCGAGCCCAACCAGCAGCCGCACAGCGGCGCAUGAUAUAUAGGCAGAAUGGUAUUACCGACAAAGACAAGGGAGACAAGUAUGUGAACACCUGGACUUCUUGACAAAAAGCUGUCAGUCGUUGUGGCUUGAAACACCCUACACAGCCUGUAUCGCAUGAGGCUCUACUUGCAAGUGCGGUCUCUUUUUUUUACCGUCAUUUCGUCCUUCCUGUUUCAGGGUCUUUGUCGAGGACGCCUCGUGCGGGACGUGUCGAUGGAUGAUGUAUGCAAAAUAAACGACGAAGAAUCCACGUGA